AUGGGCUCUCCCACCCCUAGCUUCACCGGUGCAAAGCCUAAUGUCGCCCAGCUUGAAACUAUCCAGGACUUGGAAGUUACAGUCACGGAGCGCUCGCAACCAUUUUGGAAGCUCAUUCUCGAACACCGACGCGCCUUCAUGUAUGCCCUCUUUGCUAAUAGUGGCGCACUCUUAUUCGGUUAUGAUGUCCUGAUGCAAGGAGCGAUUACAGCCCUGCCUGCUUUUACUAUGUACUAUGGAUCUUACUUUGGCGAGGCACUCAUUCUGCCAGCAAUGUGGCAGGGGCUCUGGUCGGCAAUGAAUUCCUUGGGCAUCAUGAUAGGCGCCUCCUCAAACGGGUUUCUUCAGGACAAAUUUGGACGGCGGCCGAUGUUCUUUGUAGGUGGUGUUAUUGCUGCCAUUGGUGGAGCCCUUGAAUUCGCUUCCCCUGAGCUUGGCAGUCUUGAAGCUAGGCGUGGGGCUCUCCUGGCUGCAAAGAUUAUUCUGGGCAUUGGAAUGGGUAUCCUUAUGUCAACUUGCCAGACCUACGUUUCGGAAAUCUCCUCUCCUCGACUCCGAACAAUUCUCUUGGGCAUUUUCCCUCUCUUUGUCAUCGUUGGACAGAUCAUGUCUGUCUCAGUCAUCUUUGGUCAGGUCAUGAAUUUCACGGAAAUGGCUAUCAAGAUACCCUUUGGAUCGCAAUGGGCAUUUUCUGGCCUUGCGAUUAUCACUGCCUUUAUCGUGCCCGAGAGCCCGUCCUGGCUGAUUCACAAGAACAAUCUGGCCGCAGCGGAGAAUUCGCUAAAACGACUCCACGGCUCGAGAUCAGAUGUGGCCGGGUUCAUCCAAGACAUUCAGCGCACUAUAGAGCAGGAACGCUCCACGUCCAUUGAAUUCGGUACGGUUCAGUAUUCCGACUGUUUCAAGGGCAGCGACCUACGUCGCACCAGGAUCGUGGCUCUCAUCAAUUCACUGCAACAAUUCAUGGGUGUCUCACUGAUUGCGAACUCUACCUACUUUUUCAUAAUGGCCGGAAUGAGUUCAACUAAAGCCCUUGCCAUCAAUCAGAUUUCUCUCGGGCUAAGUAUUCUUGUCACGCUAUUAGGAUGGAUCGUCCUUGCGAAGGUCGGUCGGCGAACCGCCAUUAUGUCUGGCUUCGUCGCUGCCGCCAUCCUUUUUCUAACAAUGGGCAUCGCCGGAUGCUUCCACAAGACCACCAUAGCUACAAAUUACAUUGGCGUGUCGCUUAUCCUCACAGGCUUCGUAGGUGGCCUGAGUGUCUCCACUGCGUACCCCAUCGUUGCCGCCGAAGUUCCCUCUGUUCGUCUCAGGGCCAAGACGCUUGGUAUCGGAUUCUUUAUCAACGCCUUCGUGUCCUGGAUAUUUAACUUUUGUGUUCCAUACAUCUACAAUGUGGACGAAGGUAACCUAGGCGGGAAGACUGGCUUUGUGUUCUGUGGGACCUGUAUUGUGGGCUUGGUGUUAUCCUGGUUUGAGAUACCAGAGACUAAGGACGUCACAUAUGUCCGCCUCAACUACCUUUUCAGGAUUGGGGCGAAGACGAGGGAAUUUGGUAAGACUAAUGAGUCUGGAAAUAACGCCACGGCCGAGCCAGCGAAAUGA